GUACAUCGCGCACUUGACUGUUUAUUGUUCCUGCUUAGCGCGUCCAACAUUGUAUGGCAGUCGCGUCUGCCCGUUCCUCAACAAAAGCCCCUCUACGAGCUCCGCCAAAAUGAACCGCUUUUUCAAGAAAGACAAAGCCCCUACGGAAGAGAAUGUUGUUGCAAAGAAGCCGAAGAAGGGAAAGAAGGUGGUAGAGGAGGUCAAGCCCGAUUUCGACCUCUCAUUCGCAUUGCCCAAAGUAGAUGACUUCCGAACAAGCUUGAUCAUGCCUGGCCUGUCUACUCGCUUCAGCAUGCUGAGAGAGCAGGACGACCCAAACUCACUAUUAGGCAAAGCAUGCGAUGACAGUGUCCUACAACCGAAACACGAGUCUCGACUCCACGAAUUCGGCUUCAACGCUGGGGGACUAUCCGACAUAGCUGAAGUCUCAUCGCUCAGAGGCUCAGUGCGGCCACCCUUUGCUGGCGAGAGGCCCAACUCCUUCGACACCAACAGGUCUGAAGAUGAUUCUGGUAGCAUGAUGACACGGGCGAGACCUGGCGAGGGGAACGUCUUAUUUGGUGGCCGACAGAAGAUCUACAUGAUCUCGAACAACAGCACCAAAGGUCUUGGACGGACGCUCUAUGACGACGACGUGAACAUGUCUACAUAUCAACGGCUGAGACUGGAAGAAAGGGAGAAGGUCAGGCAGCAGCAGGCUGAGGAACACAGUGACCAUCAAUCUGAACCAACUAGCCCGACUGCUCUCAGUCAAAAGCGGGAAACUUCUUCGUCGACAAAUUCAGGUCCUACGAACGCUCGCACAUCAACCGCCGCAACAUCAAUUGCUUCCCAAGGCAUCAGCUCAGUCCCUGCAUCGUCUUCUGCAUUCCCACCUCUCGCGGUUUCUACUCUGACAUCAGAUCCGGCUCGCUCUACAACAAAGGUCCGACGUCUCUACGAUCAGGGCCUUGAUCAGCACAUCCAAGACCAACAAUCCUCUGCGAUAAACCGUCUCAACUCCCUGCAAAGAGGCCGCGCGCUAACUGGCCGUUCGACCCCGCCAUUACCCAUGUCUCAGGCGAAGUCUGCGACGAACUUGAGUGAUCGGUUUCAGCGGGGGCCCGCGUCCCGCUCUGACAGCCCGAAGUCACUGGGGCACCCUGAUGUGAGCAGGAACAACUCAUCUGCCGGAAACAGUCCCGCUGCUUUCCCCAUGCACUCACCCCCUCCGGCAAGUCCAGCAAGUGAGAGCGAGGAAUCGUUCGCUCUACAAGCGGCUCUUCAACCUUACGAUCGAGGCAAGGCCACCGCUAUGGGUGCAUUUAACAAGCCCAAGGAGGCGUUCAGCGAACAUCAGUACGAGGAGCGACUAAAACAGAUGCAGCAAGAACGUGAGGUCCGAGAGGUGCCUGUGCCUAAUGCGCAAGCAUCUCCACCUCGCAAACCCACAUUGAGAGAGCGCGCAGUGGAGGAGAAGCGGAGGCGAGCGGAUACUGGAGCCUCCGAACGACAGAGGUCUGACUCUUCUGCUGCGCAGGAUCACCCAACGGCAGCAUUUUCAGUGUUUCAGGCUGCUGCGUCCCAGAUGAGGACUACAACUGCUACUCCCUCAAAGCCAUCACACGUCUUGUCUCAGGAUGACGCGUCCCCAGAUCUCCACACGGGAUCAAGCUUUUUGAACACAAGAGACUCCAGCGAUGAUGAAACAUCUGCGCCCUCCGUUCCUCGAGCGGACGUCACUCGACGGUUUGAGAACCUCCCCGUUGCGACUGGUCCCGCGCCUUCCAUCUUCGAGCAUCCUGCUCUGCGAGCUUGCAGCGCGCCUGAGGAGAAGGUGAGUCAGGCGAAUGCCACAGCUCCCAGCCACGACGCUUUUCCAGAGUUGUCGACUCAAGUAGAUGUUCCUUCAAAGGUCGAUAGUGAAGAGAUAGACUCGCCUACACUGGGCCCUAACAACAGUGGACUUGGCGGACUCAUCCGACAACAUUUGCGCAACGAUAGCAAUCUGUCGUCCAACUACGGCGAAAAUGAUAUGCCUGCACCAUCAAGUGCACCUACCGGUCUCGUGGUAGACACUCGCGAGUCUGAUAUGCUGCGACGUCAACCGGGUUCCGAUACGACUACAUCAGCUUCCAACCACACCCGUUCCAACCCGUGGGACCUCGACGAUAUCGACAAUGCAUAUCAACAACAACGCGGCAGUGAUAGUUCAGGAGGCAUUCACGAUGGACACAAGGGGAACCAGCUUACGUCUCAUGCACUUAGUGAGGUCAGCUCGUUGAACUCUGAGCACAAUGCCAGAAGAAACCAUGAACGUAUUGCCAGCAACGAGACAGAGGCUGAUCAUGAGGCCUUCCAACGAGAUCUUGCUUACCGACAGCGCCUGAUUCAGGAGAACCUACGUGUGAGGGCUGAAGGUCGUUCUACCAGCCCAGCACCUGGACCAUCUGGAGGUCUCAGGAAUGCCUUGAACCUCCUCCGCGCGAAGUCGAGCCACGAGUCAUUUGCCACGGUUGAGAGAGGGCACGAAGCCCCGAAUAAGGUCAUCAGGAAACUCGCACUAGGUGCCAACUCAGCAAACGUCAGCAGCGCCUCGUUGGCGAGCCUGAACGUAGGUGACCACUCGGGCAACACUCGGUUGGGUCGACACUCUCCUCCUGCCUCCAGCAGAAGCUCGAUGCGGGAGCGUUCAAGCUCUGGAGCUUCGUCUGGUCGUUCCCGCGGUCGAUCUGGUCACCGCCGUGAAAACGAACACUCUACGACGGAAGAUCUCAGGAGUACUGCGUAUCCACCAGCGAUGCCUGGAUACAUUGCCUACCCUCCUCCGCCUAUCCCUGCGGAUAUACCUUCGAUCGAAGGCGACGGUCGCAUGCGAUCACGCAGCAACAGUAGGCCUCCUGUCGCAAGUCAACUGAACCCUAAACACCUUCAGCCCAUCCAGACCAAGUCUGGCGCGUCCCCGUCGAAGUAUUCGCCGAUCUCGCCUCGACCCUCCCCUGGUGGUAGCGACAGCCCGUACAUGAGUGGGUACCACUCGCAGACGUCUCCCAUGCCUCCAUUCUCAGCUGGCCCAACUCCUCCUGCUUCCAACCCAGCAACGCCGAAUGUUGCAGCCUUCAACGCUAGCAACAUGCAGCCUAUCAGGCAAAAUGUGCUACGCAAGAAGUCGAUCGCAAAGUCUGAUAUCUCAGAGCCAGUCUUCUUAUCGACCACCUCUGUCAUUGACCUUGUCAAUCUGCCACCAGGUGCAUCUCUGAAGAACGGGGCUGAGGCUGAUACACCACCAGUCCCGCCGAUCAACCCAAUGAGAAAACGUUUCGGUUUCGGUCGUUCCGACAACCAAAGUCCUCCUCGUGAUCAGGCUGGUAUCGACUCACGCCCGCCUUUCAAUGAGCCGAUGCGAACAAACUCGGACUCGCCGGCAAGUCAAGUCCCCCAGUUCAGGAACAGGCUGAGGAAGGCGUCAAGUGAAGGGAAGAGUCUCCAUGGCCAGGCUCAGGUACAAAUUGGACCCAUGCCAGCCAUGCCAUCAGGAAACUUCGUUGGACGUCACAACGCCUCCCCACACCCCAAACAUGACCAGUCCAUGGCCCAGCGGCCUAUGGACGGUUCUAUGUUUUAGAUUGUCCCGCACGUAACACUGCUUCUGCUCGACGCGAUCCCAUUUCUCGCAUUCGUACACUGGCAUUUUAGCCCCCAACGGGCAAAAAGCGAUGAACAUAUUCAGUCGUCAUAACGACUUUCUCGCAUACUGAUUGUAUUAUCUCACAUGUUUUUGGG